AUGUCGAACCCACGCUCGUUGAAGCGGCAGCGCAUUUAUCGUGCCUGUGAUCAGUGCCGUCGACGCAAGUCUAAGUGUGAUGGAGAACAACCCGUAUGCUCCAUCUGCAGCCAGGCCAAUCGAGGUUGCACCUACGAGGCAGGAGGGGGUCGACGUGGGCUACCAUCUGGCUAUGUGCGCAGCCUGGAGAUAUUUCUGGGUUUUAUGCUCAAAAAUGUUCCGAAUAGCGAGAGUCCAAUGCAUAAUCUACUCCGAGAUUCGCGGGGCAAUGGCAAUUUCCUGACGAGCAAGCUUGGGAACCAGUCAGCCUCUUUUUGGCGAAAGUCCAAGCUCCACCGAGAUAUUUCCCAACUGCUUACCUCUGGAUCCGAGGAUAGCGCUUUCGAUGAUCAGGAGUGGGAGCCGGUGGAGCCGCGGGACCAAGAAGGACCUCUCGAUGAUCUUGAUACCACAUUAUCAAAUCCAGAACACAACAUACCUGAGACCAUUCAAGAGCUCCCAAACCCAAUAAAACAGCCUCAAGACUUUACUGAAGCUCAAAUACCAGAAAACACAUCUGACCUGGUGGACUUCUACUUCACUUAUACACAUUGCUGGUUUCCUAUACUCGAACGCCGUUCGGUCCUACGCGCUAUGCACCAGAGCAAUGGCCAUCCCUCUCAAGAUUCUUCAUCUCACAUGGUACUAUGGUCAUUGAUCACCUAUGCAUCUGCUAUGAAGGGAAUUCCUAAUACUGGGGCGCUGCACUUGUUUUCUCUCCAGCUCACCAUUGAGCAACAGACUUUGGCACGAUGGGACAGUCUGGACGUGGGUCAUAUCCAGGCUAUGUUGAUUAUUGCCUUAAUACAUAUCGCUAUGGCAAAUAUUAGCCAAGCUUGGACGCUUGUUGGUCAAGCCUCGAGAAUGCUAGCCACCUUACCCCUGUCAACAGGGAAGGCUCGUUUGAAUCAUACCAUUAAUGGGUGUGUCCUUCUAGACAACAUUCUAUCGGCCUUGCUGGGCCGGGCUCCUUGUUUUUCUCAAGAAGAGCAAUCAGCAUGUGUCCCGGUGGAAGAGGAUGAUUUGGAGGAGUGGGAUGUCUGGUCUCCAUCUCGCCCUAGUGCGGACGCAUCAGGACGGAGAAUACCAUCCAGUCCAUUGCGAGCAUUGAGCACAUUCAAUCUUGUUCAGCAGCUCAUGCAGAACCUAUGCCAAAUAUUAUAUCAGCCCCUAGAUGUUUCUCGCGUUGGAGAUCUUCUGCAUGAUUUACGACAAAAACAGAGCAUCAUCUCACGAAGCCAUUCCUACGACAGACGAAUCCAUGCCAGCCCUCCUCUUUUGAUUCUUCACCUUACAUCAGCAUUUACAACACUGUCAUUGUGCCGUAGGUUUGAGCCGGUCUCACCUAGGAUUACCGACCUAUGCGUUAGCACUAUUAAUUUUAUACUCGAUACUCUUGAUCAUUAUCGUGAGACAACCGGUGCAGUCGGCUCCUCGCCGCUCACCCUUUGCUUUGCACUCCAAUGCCAAAAAUGUCUCGACUUUUCAAAUUUUCCCGGAAAAGAAGCGAUGCGAACUCGCAUUUCCAGGUUUUUAUGCCCUCUUAAAGCAGACCCCUACGAGUGGAAUAAUCACCUUGAACACCUGAAUCCGAUGCCCUCAAGUGGGCAAGGGACCCGGCCACCCGGGGUUCUGAAUGGGCCGGUACCAGUACCUAGCAUUGAAGAUAUACAUACUUCAACUAGAUCGACUACCUUCCAGCCUCAACAGACAUCAUCUGUCCUGGGUCUGCCAAGUCUCUCGGCAUCCGCCGAAUUCCCAACAUCGCACUCCCUUGCCAGGCCAGGUGACGCCGAAAUAUACGAUGCAUUAUUUGAAGAAAUGGUUAUAUCAUUCCCUACCAGCAGACAAGAGCCUUCUUUCGCGCAAAAUCUAGGUUUUUACGACGGAGACUUGGAUACGGACUUCCUGGCCCAGCUCCAACAGCUACCAGCGGACUGA